CCAAGUACCCUUGCGUUACUUCUAAUUCAUCUGCUCUCUUUUCACUUCACCUCUAUAUAUUUCACCACUUCCCCAUAAUAUUUUCUUCAAUUCAGUCCACUGAGACCAAAUUAAUUAAAUUUUCUCCAUUAUCUACAACUAAAAUCCAUUAACCUCCUCAAUUAGCAUGGCUCCGUCAAUUGUGAGUGUAGGUGACAAAAUGGUGAAACCAGUAAUUAAUGAUAGGGCCUACGUAACGUUUUUAGCUGGUACUGGUGACUAUGUUAAGGGUGUGGUUGGGUUAGCAAAGGGUUUAAGAAAGGUUAAAUCAGCGUAUCCGCUUGUGGUGGCAGUUCUGCCGGAUGUACCGCCGGAGCACCGCCGUAUACUGGAGGCGCAAGGCUGUAUAGUAAGGGAGAUUGAGCCUGUUUACCCACCUGACAACCAAACUCAAUUUGCCAUGGCUUAUUAUGUCAUCAACUACUCUAAGCUUCGUAUUUGGGAGUUUGUGGAAUACAAGAAGAUGAUAUACCUGGACGGUGACAUUCAGGUGUAUGACAACAUUGAUCAUUUGUUUGAAUUGCCAGAUGGAUAUUUCUACGCAGUAAUGGACUGUUUCUGUGAGAAAACAUGGAGUCACACGCCUCAAUAUAAAAUCGGCUACUGCCAGCAGUGUCCGGACAAGGUUAAGUGGCCUACUGAGGAGUUGGGUCAGCCACCAUCCCUUUAUUUCAACGCUGGCAUGUUUGUGUUUGAGCCCAGUCUUCAUACUUAUGAAGACCUACUAAAGACUCUUCAAAUCACCCCUUCUACUCCUUUUGCAGAGCAGGACUUCUUAAAUAUGUAUUUCAAGAACAUCUACAGACCAAUACCUCUAGUGUACAAUCUUGUUCUAGCAAUGUUAUGGCGUCACCCCGAGAAUGUUGAGCUGGAUAAAGUCAAAGUUGUACACUAUUGUGCAGCGGGAUCAAAGCCAUGGAGGUAUACAGGGAAAGAAGAGAACAUGCAAAGGGAGGACAUAAAAUUACUGGUAAAGAAAUGGUGGGACAUUUACAGCGACGAAUCAUUGGAUUACAAGAAACCGGUUGCUGUGAACCAGGUGAUAGCUGAUGCAGGAGCAGUGAACCAGCUGCAACCAUUGAUUGCUGCUGCUAUGUCACAGGCUGGUGCAGUCACAUACGUGACUACUCCUUCCGCUGCUUAAUUUUAUUGUACUUAGCCACAUGGCAGUAUAUUAGGUCAAUGUCCCAAGCCCCAGAGGUCCUUGCAUUUUCAAAUGACAGGGUGAACGGACAAAUGGUUGAAGUUUUGUUGAUAGAUUUGCAGAGGUUCUUUUAGGCAAAUGAAGUUGUGGAUGAUUUGUUUGUCACUUCCGAUUUCGUUGUAUAUGAAUUGAAAUGUGUGAGCAGGUGCCCAAAGUAAUGUAUAGUAUUUUCGAUGUACUAAAGUAUGGUUUGGUUCUUCGUUGCAA